CUCUUGGCAGCUUUCAAAAGAAGACAAUAACGUCAUAAUACAAGAUAAAAGUACAAUACUUGUAAUUCCCUAAACACUAUCUCAAAAAGCUCUGUUUUCAGGUCUUUCUGGAAGGUGGACGCUGGGGCUAAGGUCAUUCCAGAGAGCCAACCCCUUAUGGAAAAACAACGCCUCCAGGCUUCAGCAUCCCAUCUCCUAAAAAUGGGUGAACAAAGUGGUUGGGCCAAUUCCAGUAGAGAAAUAUAGUCUGGCAGGUCACCCAAUGGUGAACAAUAAAGUUCUUUAUAGGUUAAAAGCAGCCCUGUAAAUUGCAUUUCAUUGUAUCUAUUUUCCACAUUGCAGCAUCCACCUCUCUUGUGGCUACCCACCCCAUUUUGGAUGGAGGAAGGUUACAGGUGCAAAAAGCUGUGGACCCACUUUCUCCUCAGGUUUAAUUUCAUCCUUGCACACUCAGACAAGAAGCAGUGCAAUUGGUGUGCCAGCUUUCCAGACUGCCUCGUGAUGGCCCACCUUGAACCCAAGCAGAGGGCAGAGAGGCCUAAAAAUGCCACUGAAGCCACAAGGGAUAAGUUGGUGCCAUCACGGCCUCAGCCAAACAGAAGGUCCGGCCGAUGCUUUCCAUGCAUGGAUGGGAAGAAAUGCAGUGUAUGGAUGUUCUUACCUCUUGUCUUGACAUUGUUUACCUCAGCAGGACUGUGGAUUGUAUAUUUUAUAGCAGUAGAGGACCACAAAAUUCGUCCACUAAAUGUGCCAGACAGCAAACCAAGUUCUUUAAAGCCGCCAUAUAUCAGUAUUGCAGGUGAUGUCGCUCCUGCUAGCUGUGUAUUUAGCCAAGUCAUGAACAUGGCAGCAUUUCUAGCACUGGUUGUGGCUGUCCUCCGCUUCAUUCAGCUAAAGCCAAAGGUUUUAACCCCAUGGCUCAAUGUCAGUGGCUUGGUGGCCUUAUGCUUGGCUUCUUUUGGAAUGACCCUGCUGGGCAACUUCCAGCUUUCCAGUGAUGAAGAAAUACACAAUGUUGGCACAUCUUUGGCCUUUGGUUUCGGCACCCUGGCCUGUUGGAUUCAGUCUGCGCUAACCCUCAAAAUCGACUUGAAGAAUGAAGGUAGAAAAGUUGGAAUCCCACGGGUUGUCUUGUCAGCAGCGAUAACCCUCUGCCUAGUCCUUUAUUUCAUUUUGAUGAACGAGUUUAAGUUCCACAUGCAUGCAUCGAGGGUACAGUGGGGAAUGGUGAUGUGCUUCCUAUGCUUCUUUGGAUCCUUCGCUGUGGAAUUCAGACACUACCAGUUUGAGAUCAUUUGCUCCGAGUAUCAAGAGAAUUUCCUCAGCUUUUCUGAAAGCCUCUCUGAAGCUUCUGAGUAUCAGACAGAUCAGGUGUAGCCUAACCCCACGUUGACCAGGCAGAGGAUGCUUGCUGCUGAAUGACUGAACUCACGGCCCCUUUUGUUUACCGUGUUUUAACGUUUGUUGCUAAGUUGUCUCUGCAGUCACCCAAGCUUUCUUCCGAAGAAAGAGCAAGAUGCCUCUUUGCGUGGACGUGCGAAACAUUUCAAACUGAAUCGCUUUCAAUUUGAGCAUGGAGCGUCCUGCCUCAAAUACAGAACGGCUGUUCUAAGUGCAAAGCGGGAUGCUGUCAAACAUCCUGCAAGUCUCCUGCAAGGCUGAGCGUUGCUGGUGCAUCUUCCCCAAUGCUCAAAACAGCCCACUUCUUGCUUAGAACAGUUGUUGCACAUUCAGGACAGGGUGCUUUGUAUGCGAAAUGGAUCAGUUUGAAACAUUUUGC